UCGGCUGGUAAGAUCAGUUCCUUUCCUUGCUUGCUCUGUUCUCGGUCUCAACUCGUAAGAACUGUACAAACUUAAACUUUAAAAAAAAACCUGUGAUCAUUCAACAAAUUAUUGAACCCAGAAGCUCGCUCCUCGAGAUUUCCUUGAAAUAAACUAAUAAAAACCAACAACAAUAAAAUAAAAUUAAAAAAGAAUAAGAAUAAAUAAAAAGUUACGCAAGACAUUUAGUUGCAGUUCCAGUGAGUUACAGCUUGUUAACAACAAAGGCAACAACAACAACACAAAGCAAAAGUGAACCACCAAAGCCACUUUAGGCACGUUCCGUACCUAUUGCAUAUUGCAUGUCAUUUUUUAGACUUUGCCAAUCAAUAAAGCUUACUCCACUUGAAUUGGAAGUGCCAUUCGGAUUGCAAGUCGCCGCUAGAACGUUACAAUCGGUUGUGUAGCCUACAGCCUAGCCUAGCGAUAGCGAGUCGGCAUAGUUAAGUUAACAAACAUAGCAACAUUUUGUAUAGAGGCAAAUUAUUGCUUUGACACACUGACUUUUUCAGUCUUUUGGUCUUUUUGCUGUCAACGCUCCUGCUGCCAGCUGACGUUCCCACCGUCUCGCUUAGUCGUCGUUGCCUUCGUCGCCGGUGAUUUGGCCUUGAGAAUUCUCUCACAUUAGUUGUGCAAUUUUGUUUAUUUUUUUUCUAAAGUUUUAAAAAAGAAAAUAAAAAUAUACAAAUAUUUUCGUGCUUCAUUAGGUUUUUUUUUUCAGUACUCAAAAAAAUCUUAAUUUUAUUUCAAUCCUGUCAUUUUAAAUUGAGUGUUUUGAAAUGUUGUUUCAUGUACUUAAAAAUAUGUAUAUGUAAAUAAAAUAUCAUUUAAUCAUUAAUAAUAAUUACUAUUCUCGACAUAUUCCAAUUUUGUGAUCGUGCGCUAAGACUUCGCAUAAGUUCUCAAUUCGGGGUCAAAUUGAAGUUUAAAUUGAAAUUGUGUGUUCGAGGAAGCAUUCUCCUUAGCAGAGAUUAAUUGCCUCAAAGUGGUUCUUCUUGAAUAAAUUUAUAUUUUAUCGAUCGCAUAACUGAUUUGAUUGAGUGUGUUGUGUUGUUUCUUCAGUGUUCUGUUCAAGAGAAAUAUAUUCCAUAAAAAGUGAAAUUUUGAUUAAAAACAAAAACAAAACAACAACACACAAAAUUAUUAUUUAAAAUAAUAUUGAUUGACAAAAGAAUGCCUUCGUAUCGUGAGGACGAAUCGGAAGUCUUGCAGAAUGGAAAAUCAAAGCCUGAUAUAUGCUCAGGUAUUGGACUACCCCCGUCGUCGCGGUUGUCGGUGGCGGCGUCAAAGGAACAAGAUAAACCACUGGGUGAACGGAAAAAGGCUGUUCUAAGACAGACCCUCAUGGUGAUAUUUGCCAAUUCUGGAGUAAUCGGCUCUGGAUUAGCUGUUGCAAUGCCUGCUGUAACAUUAAAACAAUUUCAAGAUGAAAAUGAACAAAUCUACCUGAAUCCAUCAGAAGCAUCAUGGUAUGCUUCAAUAAACACAAUGGCGUGUCCUCUAGGUGGUAUGCUAGUUGGUUAUUUACUUGACAAAAUAGGCCGUAAACGAACAAUGCUGGUUAAUAAUGUAAUUGGUAUUAUUGGAUGGGCGUUAAUAGCUGGAGCAUUCCAAAAAGAUAAGGACUCGGCUUUUAUUCAAAUACUGAUAGGACGAUUUAUAAGUGGUAUCAUGAUUGGACUAUUUUGUUCUCCAACUGGAGUUUAUGCAGCCGAAAUUACUUUACCUAAAAUUAGAGGGAAACUUCUUUUGGGUACAGCUGUUGGAUUAUCACUUGGAAUAUUGUCUAUGUAUAUUUUGGGAUAUUUCAUAAGGGAUAGUUGGCGUUUGAUAUCCACAAUAUGUCUGUGUUAUCAAAUACUCUGCUUCUUGCUUGUAACACCAAUGCCAGAAUCUCCAAGUUGGUUGAUGCAGAAAGGACGAAGUGAAGAGUCUAGGAAAUCUCUGAAGUUCUUCCGUGGAAUUGACAAAAAUGACAACACAACAUAUGAAGAAUUUGAAGCAGAAUUCAGUCAAAUCAAGAAGACCUCACAGAUAGCUGCCGAUGAUGGAAAACAGUCUCUACUCACUUCAAUCAAAGAGCCCGAGGUCUAUAAGCCACUCCUGAUUAUGUUGGGGAUGUUCUUCUUCCAGCAAUUCUCCGGAGUCGUGGUUGUAGUUGUAUAUGCUGUACAAAUUGCCGUAACGGCCGGUGUUAAAAUGGAUCCUCUGUUGUGCGCCAUUUUCGUUGGCCUCGGACGAAUUCUCACAACAUGUUGUUUGGGUUACAUCCUCGAGACCUGGGGUCGUCGGCCCGCCGGAAUGGUGUCUGGUUCCGGUAUGGCCACUUGUAUGUUACUCAUUGCAGCUAGUUCCUGGUUUCCUGUGAUCUUAGACCACGCCCCCUUCUUGCCAGCUGUUUGUAUUGUCUUACAAUUUAUGUUCAGCACAAUGGGUCUGCUAACGUUGCCAUUCUACAUGAUAUCCGAAGUUUAUCCUCAAAAAGUCAGAGGUGUCGCAUCCGGAAUGACUGUGUGCAUUGGUUUGAUUAUGUCGUUUUUAGUACUUAAAAUCUAUCCAUCCAUGGUUGAUGUCAUGGGUAACGAGAAUGUUUUCGCGUUUUAUGGCUUAGUGUCCUUGCUAGCAGUAUUUUAUAUUUAUUUUAUAUUACCCGAAACCAAAGGUAAGAGUCUAUUAGAAAUCGAGGAGUAUUUUAAAACAGGGAAAUUUCCAAAUCGCAAUCAACCCAUCGAGAAUGAAAUGCAGGAAGUUUUUAUUAAGAAAUAAAUUUAAGUCAAUAAAUAAAUGAGUAUUAUUUUAUAACGAAUAAUUUUAAAAUAAGUAGAUAUGAAAAACGAAAAACAAGGAAAGUUCAAAGCACAAUGAAUGAUAAACAUAAAUGAAGAGAGUUCUCAAAAACAAAAGACUGUAGAUAGAAAAAGAUUCAGAAAAGAAAAAAUACAAAAGUAAAAACAUAUUUUAUCUGAUUUGCUUGUGAUGAUUGUAAAUAAAAUUAUGUUUAUUUUGUUUUGUUUUAAUAUGAAGAAAAAUAAUUAUAAUUCUUACAAAAAAAGCGCAAAUAGAAAAAUAAAAUCCAAAACUGGAAAUUUUGAAAAU